AUUAAAUUAAAAAAUAAUGUCUUCAAGUGCACACGUCUUAUCGCUUUAUCGCAACUUUAUUCGGUUCGGUAACAGAUUCCAGUCUUACAACUUUAAAGACUACACCAUUCGCAGAGCCCGUGAUGCCUUUCACGAAAACAAGCUAGAGACAGACCCCUCCAAGAUUACUCAGUUUAUUCGCAAGGCCGAACACGAUCUCGAGGUAGUCAAGCGACAGGCUGCCAUCAGCACUCUCUAUGCCACCGGUGACAGACUGGUGAUUGAGAAAGCCCCAAGACGUCAUUAAAACAACAAGAAGAAAGAAAGAAAAACUCCCAACCUCUCCGUUCCCUCUCAACCCCAAAUAUCAGUUCUUUUAAUUGUUUUCUCACAAAUGUCAAAAGCGAAAAGAGAAGAUGAAAUUAAACCUGUUGAAAGAUACCGACUUUUAACAAAACAAAACAAAAAAAGAAGUGACAUAAAGAAGACGAUGGAUUUCUACUGUUGUACAUAUAUAUAUAUAUAUGUGUGUGUGUGUUGGAUGGCGCAGUCAGUGAUAGAUAUUGAAAUGAUAAUAAAAAUGAAUGUGAAUCAAGUAUCAAGU